AGGGAGUAAUGGAGACAGGGAGGGUGGAAAAGAGAGGGAGGAGGCACACUUGGAUGAAGGAUUCCAGCGGAGUGAGGAGGGACGUUCAAGUGUUGGAUGAAGGGGUCUGAGCUACAGGUCUGGGCCUCCUUCAGACUGGACACUUGGACACAGAAAGGACACAAGACCAACGGAAGAGAUGGACACAUGGAGGACCGCCAGGCCCAGGGCUGACACAGACCGACAUGACCUCUCCAUCUUGCUGAUGUACCUAACCUGAACCCCCCUGACGAGCGCCACAUAACUCACCAUCGGGACUGACAUCAAGCGGAAAUUGUGAGGGAGUUCGAAAUGGAUUUCUACAAAUGUCUUAGCGUACUUUUCAUCACUCUUCCUUCACAAGUUUGUUUCCAGGUUCGACCUCGUGCCCACGCCGAAGAGAGGCUGCUCCAGGAUCUGUUUGCACGUUACAAUAAGCUCUCCCGGCCGGUGGAAAACACUUCAGACACUGUGCUAGUCCACUUUGGGCUGUCUAUUGCCCAGCUCAUUGAUGUGGAUGAGAAGAACCAAAUGAUGACCACAAACGUCUGGGUCAAGCAAGAAUGGAACGAUUACAAACUUCGCUGGAACCCGGAGGAAUACGAAAACGUCUCCUCCAUACGAAUACCCUCAGAGAUCAUCUGGAGGCCCGACAUUGUCCUCUACAACAACGCUGAUGGCGACUUUGCGGUGACUCACCUCACGAAGGCACAUCUGUUCCACGACGGUCGGAUAAAGUGGAUGCCACCGGCCAUCUACAAGUCCUCGUGCAGCAUAGAUGUCACCUUCUUCCCCUUUGACCAGCAGAGCUGCAAGAUGAAGUUUGGCUCGUGGACUUAUGACCGCGCCAAGAUCGAUCUCAUCAGCAUGGCCAGCGACGUGGACCAGAUGGACUACUGGGAGAGCGGCGAGUGGGUCAUUAUUAACGCAGUGGGCAAGUACAACACCAAAAAGUACGAGUGCUGCGCAGAGAUCUACUCGGACAUCACCUACUACUUCAUCAUCCGGAGGCUUCCGUUGUUCUACACCAUCAACCUCAUCAUCCCCUGCCUCCUUAUCUCCUGUUUGACCGUGCUGGUGUUUUAUUUGCCGUCGCAAUGCGGAGAGAAGAUCACCCUGUGCAUCUCGGUGCUACUGUCCCUAACGGUAUUCCUCCUUCUGAUCACUGAGAUCAUACCGUCUACGUCGCUGGUGAUUCCUCUCAUUGGGGAAUACCUGCUGUUCACCAUGGUCUUCGUCACCCUCUCCAUCGUGAUUACCGUCUUUGUUUUGAACGUGCACCAUCGGUCGCCACAGACCCACAGCAUGCCCCACUGGGUGCGGAGAGUCUUCCUGGACAUGGUGCCGCGAGUCCUCUUCAUGAAGCGUCCGCCGGGCACAGCCAAGCAGCACUGCAAGAAGCUCAUCGAGAUGAUGCACCGCCCAACCGCCAUAUCUGCCACGGGCAACUCGCUGGCCUAUUGGACAGGGCUGGAGACGGGACUGAGACAGAUGUGCCAGGCGGAGAAUGCACUCCCAAAGACUCCCUGCGAGAGUCCAAGCAUCCACGUCUGCUCGCCCGGUCCACCGUCCUCCCCUCCUGAGGGCUGCAAGGAGGAGGAUCACCUACUGAAGGCCAACAUCUUCUGCCGCACCACAUCCGGUCGCUAUUCCGCUCUGUCUGAGCAGCAAACCCCACGCGGGCGCAGUUCCGAUGCUUCAUCUUCUUCGCAGUUAUCCCUGCCCCCAGCUCUCCCGCUGGGUCCACUCCGCAGCUUUUCCAAGGAGGAGCGAAAUUCAAUGGCCCCAAAUGGACGCUCCCUCAGCGCAGAGCAGAUGUUUGACCCACAGGGGGAGCUUUCUCAGAGAGCCGGGCACCGGUGUCGCUCCCGCAGCUUCCAGUACUGCUGCCUGCACGGGGAAGGGCCUGCGCCCAUGGGGGCGAAGAAACAAGCCCUUACAAAUUACCCUGCAGCAAGCAUCACGGCCGAGUCAACGAAGGACGCGAGUACCCAACAAGACGUCGUUAUUUCAACUAUUUCCCCAGCCGUGCAACGAGCCAUAGAGGGAGUUCAGUACGUCGCCGAUCAUCUCCGGGCAGAGGAUGCCGAUUUCUCAGUAAAAGAGGACUGGAAGUAUGUGGCCAUGGUCAUUGACAGGAUAUUCCUCUGGAUGUUUGUACUGGUGUGUAUACUGGGAUCUGUGGGACUCUUUCUUCCUCCUUGGUUGGCUGGAAUGAUCUAGAAUCUCAUUAUUAAAGGGCAGAGUCCACGGACACUUGGGCUAGGUAACAAACUAUCUUACCUAUUAAAAGAAAAACGGUAUGGUAUUUUAUUUUUACAGUUUACAAAUGAAACACCUUGGUCUUGGUUAUCAGAAGGCUACCCACGGAGAAACAGGAUGAAAUAUCUCUCAUUGAUUCUACUCACCUUAUGAAUUCUUUAUGAGGGCAAAAGGCCAACAGUCCUUCCCCACCACUGCACUUCGACAUUGAGCUGUAUAGCUCCCAUUGUCACCUUUAUGAGGAAUAGAGUUUGACAUACAUACAACUGCAGAAAAACGAAGAAAAUA